AUGACAGACGCUCUGUCUGUCUCAAUGGAUUCGCUCGACGUGCGGGACUCGGUUGCAUCGCUCGACCUCGCCCUCGUCCUCUCAUCACUCGAAGCCGCAGAAUCGCAGGACGCACAAGAGGUAGCAGACGAGCUGCAGUCGCUGGCGGCUAUCUACGACGGCCCAGCACCCUCUUUGAGCCUGUACCGCCCGCCACGAACGCCCCGGACCCCGUCACCGCCGCCAAUAUGGACCCCCUCCUCGAGCGACCCCCUUCGGCUCGUCCUCUCCGUCACCCUCGCCCCUCCACGAGAGUCUGUUCCGCUCCACCUCCUCCUUUCUCUACCUCGCGGCUACCCGACCAACGAGCCGCCCCUGAUCCAGCUUCAAGACCGGUACCUGUCCUCGUUCGCCGUUUCAGACGACCUCUUCGGCCAGGUCUUGCGGACGUUCAUGCACGAUCCUGAAGCGGCACCAGCAGCAGGGACAGGAGGAGGUGUUGAGUGGACGGGAGGGGUAUGUCUGUUUGAGGGGAUCGAGUUUGUGCGAGAAUUGUGCGGACAAUGGGUCGGAGAACGAGAAGCAGAGUUGCAGAAGGGCGAGAAGGCACGGCAGGCGGCCGGUGCCAAGUCUACACGGACGAACGGGCGGUCUGAGUCUGCGGAUGAAAGACGUGACGGGAGGGAGGAAGGACGGCGAGCGAAUGGAGCGUCGGCUGAGCCUGCACGGGCGAAGAAGGCGGCCGUCGCUUGUCCCGAGAUCAUCUCCUGCGAACCCAUUGUUGAUCGUCAGUCGGUCUUCGUUGGACACGCUGCGAAGGUGAACUCCUUGGAAGAGGUCGACGCCGUCAUGGAGACGCUGCUGAGCAAUAACAAGAUUGCCAAAGCGACACACAACAUCUCAGCGUAUCAGUUCACGACCGCGAGCGGGACUCGACAUGCAGACAACGACGACGAUGGCGAGACGGCUGCAGGCAGUCGGCUCGCGCAUCUCUUGACCCUCUUGGAUGUACCGAACGUGAUGGUAGUCGUCUCGCGCUGGUACGGCGGGAUCCACCUCGGCCCGGACCGCUUCAAGUUGAUCAACCAGGCCGCUCGAGAUGCGUUGACAGACGCGGGGUUCUUACAGGAGGCGGAGGAGAAGAAGGGGAAGGGAGGGAGCGCUGGAAAGGGCACAAGUACGAAGAAGCGAUAG